CAGUAACCAUCAGAGUCCCCAAACCUGCCUUCCUAUUUGCACGAAACACGCAGCUCAGUGCGGCUCUAGGCUGCACCUUGCCAACACACCGCAAAGCACAACGUGCCCGGCUGCCCCGAGGGCUGGCAUUGCAGCAGGGCCGCGCACAAGGCCCUCUUGUCCCCUGUGCUGCCAAACAAAGGCUGCUGCUGUGCACUAAUGCCAGCUCGGCGCUGGGCCGGGUGGCGGGGCAGGCAGGGAUUAGCUUCCAGUGAGCACACAGCGAGCUCUCCAGGCACCUCGCAGCUCCCGGACGCUGGAGGUUCCUCCUCAGCUCCCACUGCUCCAGGAAGGUUUGGCUGCGGGGUGCUCAGGGCUGCGUGGCCUGGCCUGGGAGUGGAGGUGGCGGGGGGCCCAGCGGGAUGGCUUUGGUGGGGAAUGCGAGGGGCUUGGCUGCACAGCUCCCAGUGGAGCAGAAACGCGGAGUCCUGCUCCUGCUUCAUGCCCCCUCUCCUCUCCGGGGAUAGCUGGGACUUAGAUGUUGGCAGGAGGCAGUGCAGGGCUGGGAAGUGGAGAUAGACUUCAAAGCAAAUUAAAAAGAGCAUAAGAUAGCCCCUGGGUUUGCCCGGUGGAGGCUGACAUCCCUCAGCCACUUCCACUUGAGUUGUAAAGGCUUUACACUCUCACUCUGUCCUUUUAUUUCCCCUUGAAAACAGCACAGCUCCCUGCCCAGGCAUUUCCUGUGUCACCCGCUGUGCAAGGAGGACGACGCGGCGGACGUCACCGCUUGGGCAGGGCUCGGGUUUCCCUUCAUCGCUCAAGUGACGCUACUGUCCCAACAGGUGCUGGCCAGGGGCCACCACCAGCGUCCCCAGAGGUUGAGCGAGCGGCCGGUGCUGGUGGCAAUGCUCACCUAGGAGCUGGGUGACACGCUGGCCUCCACGCCGUGCCCCUAGCACACGGCCAGGCUGAGGGGGCCCUGGCACCAGCCCGUGCCAUGGAGCCGACUUCCGAGAUGAAGAGGAAUAGGUUACCCAGCAUGAACUUUGAAGCAGAGAUUCUGGCAGAUCCACACGAUAAUUCAGAGCUGUAUGUGAUCCCUUCCAUGAGAAGUCUCACUGCUGAGGAGUAUGUAGAGGCCUUUCAGUCAUUUUUGGAUCACUCAACAGAGCACCAGUGCAUGGAUGAGUUCAACAAGGAAGUAAUGCCGCACAUCAUGGCUGGCCUUGGCAAUGGAAAAUCAACUCUAAAUAUUCUGGGAGUGGGGAGCGGCACAGGUGAACAGGAUUUAAAAAUGAUCCAGAUCCUGCAGGCUGCACACCCAGGGGUCCUUAUUAACAACGAAAUCAUAGAGCCCAACCCGCAGCAUGUGGCUGCCUACAAAGCGCUGGUUAAUCAAGCUCCAGAUCUGCAGGGGGUCUCUUUUACUUGGCACCAGCUUACUUCCUCAGAGUAUGAACAACAGGUGAAAGAGAAAAACACACGCAAGAAAUUCGACUUCAUACAUAUGAUUCAGAUGCUGUACCGUGUGGAAGAUAUUCCUAACACCAUCAAGUUUUUCCACAGCUGCCUCAACCAUCAGGGUAAACUUCUGAUCAUAAUUUUGUCAGACAGCAGCGGUUGGGCCAGCUUAUGGAAGAAGUACAGACAUUGCUUGCCUUCAACCGACAGCGGCCACUACAUCACCUCCGACAGCAUCACGGCAGUUCUGAGGAAGCUCGGCAUCACGUACCAUGUUUAUGAGUUCCCAUCGGGCUGGGACAUCACCGAGUGCUUUAUUGAGGGGGACCCGGCUGGAGGCCAUAUGAUGGAUUUCCUGACUGGGACAAAAAACUUCCUGGGCACAGCACCAGCAGCUCUGCGGAGCCGUCUGCAGGAGGCUCUCUGCCAGCCCGAAUGCAGCAGCAGGAAGGAUGGGAGAGUCAUUUUCUGCAACAAUCUUAGUAUGAUUGUAGUGGAAUCCUAGAGUCUGGACCAACUUGCAGAGGUGACGUAGGGCAAGGUGAUUGUAAAGCAAAGCAGAGAUGGGCAGGCAGGAGAGCAGGGCUCAUCCAUCCCAGUCUGGGAGGAUGGAGCAGCCUGUGAUGUCAAGGAUGAACUCUUUGUUCUGCUGAGCUCAGCAAGACCAAGAGUUCACCCUGGAUAUUCAGUUCAGCAUGGGCAGAAUUUGUUUCAGAAAGUAAAAAGCUGUAUUAUACUACAAGUCUGCAUGGAAAGUAUUUUAUCACAGAAUCAUAGAAUUGUUUGAGUUGGAAGGGACCUUUAAAGGUCAUAUAGCCCUAUUCCCUUGCAAUGAACAGGAACACGCACAGCUAGAUCAGUUGCUCAGAGACCUGACCAGCCUGACCUUGAAUGUCUCCAGGGAUGGGGCAUCCACUUCUCUGGGCAACCUGUGCCAGUGCUUCACGACCCGUAUCGUAAAAACCUUUUCCUUAUAUCUUAUCUCAAAUCUCCCCGCUCUUAGUUUGAAACCAUUUCCCUUUUUCCUAUUAUAACAGAGCCUGCUAAAGAGGCUGACCCCUUCUUUCUCACAGACCUCUUUAGAUACUGAAAGUCCAAUCUCAGAUCCACCCAGAACCUUCUCCGGACUGAACAGCCCCAGCUCUAUCAGCCUGUUCUCACAGGAGAGGUGUUCCAUCCCUUAGAUCAUUUUUGUGAUUCUCCUUUGGA